AUGGCAAAGCUGCCCCUGUUCAGGAAAGCUCCUGCACGUCCGCAGGCCGGCCGGAGCAGGUCGAAGGUGCUCUGGCAUCGCAUCCUUCGUUCCUUCUGCUAUCUAAUCGCUUGGAUAUUCCUGAUCUUGGUCUGCAUUGGCAAUGUCGCCGAUAAGCCCGUUCUCCGCCAGACCUACUUCCUCGAGAUCAACCUUGCGAAUAUCAUCCCACUGUCCACCCCCAAUGCGGUCCUGAUCGAUACCAUUGCUCGCACCAUCGGUCUACACGACUUUUACCAGGUGGGACUAUGGAAUUUCUGCGAGGGUUAUUUGGACCAGGGCAUCACCCAUUGCUCCUCGCCCAAACCCCUCUACUGGUUCAAUCCCGUCGAGAUCAUUCUCAGUGAACUGCUAUCCGGCGCUACGAUUGCUCUUCCUGCCGACAUCACGUCAGCUCUGCACAUCGCUCGCAUAGCUUCUCACUGGAUGUUUGGUCUCUUCAUCACCGCCACCGUCCUAACCUUCAUUCUCAUCUUUCUAUCCCCACUCGCUGUCUCUUCACGGCCUCCUCAGGCCCUUUCCUCCGACCCAGUCGUCAAUCAAACCCACCCACAACAUCGCCGUCGUACUUUUGUGCUUCUCCGUUCUCUUCCAUUCCUCAUCCUAACCUUCCUGACCGCUCUCUUCACCGUUGUCGCCUCCGUCGUCGCAACAGUCAUGUUCAUCAUCUUCCGCAACGUCUUCACCUCCGCCAGCGAAGACCUCAACAUUGACGCCUGGAUCGGCACUCGCAUGAUGGUGUUCAUGUGGAUUGCCUCCGCCUUUAACCUGAUUGCCUUUAUCCUCCAACUCGGCUCCUGCUGUGCCUCCUGCUGUGGUGGCCGCAAAGCCCGCAAGCAGCUCAAGCGGAAUAGUGCCGGUACUACGAGCCCUAGCAGCACUGCUUCCCCUGAUGUGCGUGAGAAAGAGCAUCCACACAGUCCCGCGACUACGGAGUGA